GUGGAGUCGUUGCCAUAGCAACCACAGUCUUCGUCGUUUUCCUAAACAGAGCCAAGACAAAAGGAAGAGAAACGAAAAAAGUUUUGAGUUCAUGUAUGAAUAUUUGCACAUUCUGGGCUGCAUUAAGUGUUCACUGUUGUUUGGACGAUAAUAGGCUAUACUCAGUCAGCACAUGGAAUAAAAUAGCAGCCAAGUCUUUCCAACGAGGCCUUUCAGUUGCAGACGAGAAAUUCAUCCUGAGAUUAUUUCAGUCAUAAUGGUCCGUCUGACUGUGCAUCUUAUCGCCAGAUCAAGCAAUCAUUCAAAGUCCAGAAGUGAAUCUCUUCAACAAUAUCUCAAGAAACUCACACAUCUCAACUUUUCAAACAAAAAUAUAGAAAACAUUGAUGAUCUAUCGAUAUGCAGAAACCUCACUGUCCUUUACUUAUAUGAUAACCAAAUUACACAGAUCUGCAAUUUAGGAUUCGCCUCAAACCUUACACACUUAUAUAUGCAGAAUAACAAUAUCUCCCACAUAGAGAACCUCUCAUCUCUACACAAACUCACCAAACUGUUUUUGGGAGGAAACAGCAUCACUGUUGUUGAAGGAUUAGAUGAGCUGAAAAGUCUGACAGAGCUGCAUGUGGAAGGCCAGAGACUACCUCAUGGAGAAAAGCUGGUCUUUGAUCCACGUUCCAUAUCCAGUAUUUCUGACUCUCUGUCCAUUUUAAAUAUCAGCAAAAACAACAUUGAUGAAAUAUGGGACUUGACUCCUCUAAAAAAAUUGACUCAUCUUUUUGCUGCCGAGAACCAGCUGCAGGAUUUACAGGAGUUAGAGACCGUGUUCAGCCAAUGGUCUGAGCUGCGAGUACUGGAUCUGAGUAGAAAUCCAGCAUGCCAAAAACCUAAAUAUAGGGACAGACUGAUAACUGCCUGCAAAACUCUAGAGGACCUUGAUGGAAAACAAAUAAAUGAAUUAUCUAGGCAGUUUUUAAUCAACUGGAAAGCCUCAAGAAAUGCUAAGAAGAAAACAGGUGAUGAAAAAGACAUCAAAGGACAAACCAACAACUCAUUUGCAAAUGGUUUUCACAUGAGCCCCCAUCCCUGUAGCAGCACCAGCUCUAGGGGUAAGCCGCCAGAACUCGGUAGGCCUGGCGUAACAUUUCGGACAGACCAAGUUUGAGCAUACAGGAUUAGAGGUCAAAAGGAUUAGGUAUUCCAAAAAGGAGUGGCAUGCUCUGCAAAUCUCAGAUCAUCACAGUCUCACAGUGAUUUAAUCUCUUUAGUGCUCCUUUGGCACUAUAUUAAUAUUUUUCUUAAGACAGUAUUUAUUAUUAUUGUAUUAUAUAUAUAUAUUUUAAGAAGCUUUAGCUGUGUUCUUAUCUGUUAGAAAUGUAAAUUGUUAACCCUCACAUCUCUAUCUUGACAGACCUGCACAGCCUGAUUUACACCCUUUUAUUCUGAUACCCUUUCUUUCUCUGUGUGUUUAUUGUGAAUAAAUUUAUGGUUAAAAUGUUUAUAACUCUUUUAAAUCUUCAAAUUAAAUAUUAUUAUUAUAUUAUUAUAUAUUAAUAUCGGCAUCAAUAAGAACUACGUUUGCAGAAAUACACUUUGCAUGUUUUACAAUAUUCUUUAAAGUUGAAAGCAAACAUUAUAUUUAUAGAAUGAUUUUAUUUUGCAACUUAUUUUUCCGUGAUUGUGAAAAUAAACCGAAUUUUAAAGAGGAAAAAAGUACAGAAUAAUAUAACAAAGAAAU